AUGGCUUACGCAAAUCCGGCAACGUUACAUUUGCAUUACGAUAUAGAAAAACCUGGCUAUCACGUAUAUGAUCGUCGACAUUAUCCUGAGAAGCAUCGUUUUACUUUAACCGAACCUGUCUAUAAGCCAAGAGGCCGUGCACAUAUUCCUUCUCCUCCAUUGGAAGAUGAACACUGGCGUCCGCAUGGACAACAUAUAGAGCCAGCUUAUUCAAAUUUUGGACCUGAUUGGAAGUCUAGUAUACGUCCUAUUAAAUCUCCACGUCAUCCAAAUGCUAAACCUACGUUACCCGUCGGCAUUAUCGAACAAAACAUACAUUUUAUGCGUCCGUAUCCUCAAAAUUGGCAACGUACAAACAACGAAUGGAUUUAUUUCAAUGAUGAAUCGGCAGAUCAUCGUCCAGCGAAACGAAACUUUUUCGCGAAUGUAUAUCUUCGUUCAUUAGAAGAUCUAGGCGAUGAAAACGUUCAUAUGGAAACAAUGGGACAUAAGCGAAAAGUUAUUGAUCCGCGUAAUGGUCUUCAAAAACGAUCAGAAGGCGAUAAAAGUUAUCGUGGAGUUGAAUUAUCACCUAAUUUCUAUAAAUUUGGCUGUACGUUACCUGCCGUAAAUUUUGGACGUUUAAAAAAACGACAUGGACCCAAAAGUAGAUUUGUCCCAAUGACAAACGAAAAAAUUCCAGUUACUGAUGAAAAUGAAUUCGAAGAAAAAGAGCGUAGACGCGAAAAUAAUCAAAUUGUUGAAGAAGUUAUUCAAUUAGAGAAUUGGACACCAGUCGAAAGUAUGACACGUGCAUUCACUGUAUUCGAUAUGGAAUCGAACGAUAAAGAAGGUGGAAAAUAUCGACCUCGGUUUCGAUAG